CUACUACAAGGACAGAAGUACAUAUUAAGAUAUCAUACUUGUCUAUAUACACUAUUCCACAAUGAAAGCAUCCGACUUUGAGCUCACCGACCCAGCGCUGACAGCGUACAUCGCCGACUGCGAGAAACGGCUCCGGUUUCCUGAAUUCAACGCGGAAAUUGCCUACCGACUGGGAGAGUUCCUUCGCGCCCGCUUCGUCCGCCUGCAUGACCCUUCGCAGGCCCUGUACAUCCAGAUCCGCUCCUUUCCCGCCCGCCCGGGAUGUCCCUUUGUGCUCUUCGCCGCUGUGGCGGGCAAUCCCGACCGGUUGGGCGCCGGCAUCGCCUACCAGAUUGAGGGUAAGGCGCGGGUUGUCGAGCAUCAUGGCGGAUCAACCUAUGGUGCUAAAGCUUUUGCUGCCAUGAUGGGCUGGCCGACAGAGAAGAUGGGUCUGUUCCAGCAGGAACAUGUGGUGAAUGGGGGUGGCUUCCCUAUUCGCCUCACCAACUGUUCUACCCCCGUCGGAGCGCUGGUCGUCUCGGGGCUGCCGGACGUGCAAGACCAUCAGUUUAUUGUGGAUUCGCUCGAGGAGUUUUUGAAGGAGUAG